AUGGCACAUCAUGUCAAGAAGGGCACGGCUCUCCUGCCAAUAGCAGCUCUGGUGGUAGCCAUGGCCAUGUUCUUAUCAUCUUGUGACGCAGCAGAUACGCUACUAAUUAAUAACAACGUGAAGCAUUUAUAUGUAUGUUUGGGUGAUCACACAGACUACUGCCACGCGAUCGUGCCGUGCUCAGACGAGACAUGCUUCUACUACUGCCAGAAGAACAAUUACAAGAACUUCCAGACGUACUGCACGCCGGGACAGUACUACCCAAACUGCUGCUGCCGUGUGCCCGAUGCAUGA